GUUUAAUUUCAAUGUUUGUGAUGGCCUUAUCGAAGCUGUGGCACUUACAAUCUUAUAAAUAUCAUAGUCAAAAAAUGGCCAAUAAUAAUUCUUUUUUUGGUCGCAGAUUGAGUUGCAUAUUCGUUCUGUAUUACCAAAAAAAUGCAUGAAAAUAUUUUUUAUUUUACAUAUUGAUGAAUAUAGAUAAAUGUGUAUUAAUGAUUUCACAAAUUUGAAUUGUCUUAGAUAUCAUCACGAUUGAAAAAACUGAUGAAUUUUUCAUUUAAUUUACGACAUGAAGGGUUGUUUUGCCACUCAUUUUGUUACUGCUGAAGAAGCUAAAAUAAGUGUUUGUAUACAUAAAUGUAUAUUAAUGAUUUUACAAAUUUGAAAUGUCUUAGAUGAUUUUACAAAUUUGAAUUGUCUUAGAUGUCAUCACAAUUGAAAAAACUGAUGAAUUUUUCCAUUUGAUUUAUGACAUGAAGUGUUUUGCCACUCAUUGUGUUACUGCUGAAGAAGCUAAAUACAAAUUGUGCAAGAUAAAACGUGUUCAAACGAGUUCUGAAGGAAUGCCAUUUUUGGUUACGCAUGAUGGCAGAACAAUUCGAUAUCUUGACCCAAUUAUAAAAAUCAACGGUACUAUUUACUUAAAUAUUACUACUGGCAAGAUUUUGGAUUCCAUCAGAUUUAAUUCUGAUAAUUACAUACAAAACUUAGAGAGAAUAUAAAUGUUGGGUUAGGUUUAAAUUACGCGGGCGCUUUGAUUGGCGUCAUCUGGAACGAGUGUGUGGUGUCGCAUUUUCGGCGGGUCUGUCUGCCGGCGAUUUUGGAGCGAGUACCUUCGCGGUUCCUGGUUGUUCGAAAUGUAUAAGUUAGUUAGAGUUAAUAAAUCACUGGAUUAGUUUUGUUCAACGU